AUGACUCUUCUGCUGACCCUCCUGCUGACGGCGGCUGCCGGCGGGUGGGCCGCCGUCCAGACCUCCGCUGGCUCCCCGCUCGGCUGCAGGGACCAGGACAACAGACUAGUCGACUGGUACGUGUUGUACAAGCUGCCCAUUCUCAAAGACCCCGGCUCAAAGAAGCCCGUCAGCGAUGGCUAUAAGUACCUGUACAUCUCGUCAGCGUCCACGACCACGGAGACCCCUUGGAGCAUGUCCAAAGAGCCCAUCGACAGCCAACUGUCUCACCCCGCUAGAACGUUGGCGCCCGUUUACAAAGAUCACGCACGGACGGGCCUUUUCUACCGUUUUUACAACGACCACUGGCCAAGCGAUAAGUCCCCGUUCUCGUAUAACGGUCACGCCAAGGGGGUGCUUGCCCACGAAGGCGACCACGGGUUUUGGAUGAUCCACAGCGUGCCCAAGUUUCCUCCAGCGCCGACAGAUGGAGCAGGCUACAGCUACCCAGACGGCAGAGAAAUAUUCGGUCAAAGUUUUCUUUGCAUCUCUUUCAGUACUUCUGGACAAGAUACUAGCGGACAAUUGCACAACCAGGAGGAAAUCCGCACUUCCGAGGGCGUGCAGAUCACCACAUUCGCCAAGAGCAGCAAAUACAAUUACGACCUGUACAGCGCCCUGGUGGCCCCGGCGCUGAAGACCGACCUGCACGCCGAGACGUGGCGGGCCACACUGAUGUCCCACUGCUCCGGUCCCUACCAGGUGGAGGACGUCCACUACAUCAGGGCCAUCACGGCCAGUGAAACGUUCCAAUUUAAAUCCAUCAACGAUCACAGCAAGUGGGCCGUGUCCAUUAACCCGAAAAAGCCAUGGGUCUGCAUCGGCGAUCUCAAUCGGGCGGAAACACAGAUGAGGAGAGGUGGCGGCGCCGUUUGUCUCAAAGAUGACAUCCUCUGGGAGACUUUCAGUGGCGCGUUGAAUGUCAAUCCUGAAUGCAUGGUCGUCGGAGACGGAGGGAACGAAAGGAAACGCGCGUCCCCCCACGGUCAAGAUAUCCGGUUGGACGUCCACCCCGAAAAUGCCAAAAAGCAGCUUUCGAAAUUCGGACCUGUCGGAUAG